AUGUCGGCGCCCACGAUGGAGGAGAGGAAGGCCUGCUGGGGAGCCCGGGACGAGUUCUGGCAGUGCUUGGACAGGCACGCGGACGACGCCUCCAAGUGCGAGAAGCUGCGGCUGUCCUUCGAGUCCCGCUGUCCCCAGCAGUGGGUUAAAUAUUUUGACAAAAGAAGAGACUUUUUAAAAUAUAAAAAAAAGCUUGAAACAGAAGGGUAUCAUCCUCCAGAAGCUGCUGGAAAGUCUUAG